AUGAGCUCGAACACAAUCAUUUUUUCAGAGUGCUUCUUCUCUAAUUGUGCUUCGAAUAAAGGAGGAACAAUUAUGAUUCAUGGUUAUUUUACAAUGAAUAUAGAAAAGAUUUGCGCCUAUCAAUGUACCGCCGCAACAUCAGCAUCAAUUUAUAUAGAUCUAAAGGGUUACAAUAAUGUUAGCCUUUUUUCAGCAACUAGUUGUGUAUGUGAUUCAAAAAACAUGUUCUUGAAUGGAGUCAAUCCCUUGUCAAAUGUAAAUAUGACACAAUCAAAGACAAAUAAUAAUGUGAAUGAUGGAUUGAUCUAUUUUCAAACUUCCUAUUCAUUCGAGUAUUACUAUUGUACAAUAACAAACAACACUUGUCCUUGUUCAAUAGCUAUUCAUUUUAAAUGUUAUAAGGAAUAUUCACUUCAUCAUUCUGCGUUCUUCUAUAAUAAAGUUUCAAAUUAUGGUCUAAUCAGAAGUGUAAAAUGUAGUUCGAGUGGAAAUGUUCAUGAUGUCAUUCUUCAAGAGAAUGAAUUAAAUGGACAUCAAUACUUUGAAGCAGAAAGAAGCACUGUUAUAUUAGUGAACGAUGUUUAUGUUGAUGAUGAUGAUAAAUUAAGUGGUAUCCAAAAGCAAAAUGAUAUCAUUAUAACUUCAAAUAUGAAACUGCCGCAAUAUGAAUAUUAUCAAACAGGAGGAUGUAUGAUGUUAAUUGAAACUCCCUAUAAUACAAUUGCAAUGACUCCAUUUAAGACUGUCGCAUUUACUCCUGGAUCAACAAUUAAAGAAACACCUUGUAUUACAGAAGCUCAGACCCCCAUCAGUACUCCAUUUAAUACCUUAUUACAAACUCAAUUUGCUACUCCUUUUAAGACAGCAGUUAAAACAAUUUUUGAAACACCAUAUCAAACCAAUAUUGAAACUCCAUUCAUUACACAUUUUGAAACUCCAUUCCAUACAAUUGCUGAAACACCGUUCAGCACAUUAAUUGAGACUCCACACUAUACCUUUAUUGAAACAAAUAAAGAAACACCGUUCAGCACAUUAAUUGAGACACCACACUAUACCUUCAUUGAAACAAAUAGAGAAACUCCAUUCCAAUCAAUUGAUGAAACACCAUUCAAUACAUUAAUUGAAACUCCCCAUUAUACCUUUGUUGAAACAAAUAAAGAAACCCCAUCCAAUACAAUCUCAGGAACUCCAUUUGAGACAGCACUGCAAACAAAUCAAGAGACACCAUUUAAUACAAUAGUUGAGACUCCUUGUUACACCAUUAUUGAAACAAAUCAAGAAACACCAUUAGAAACAAAUGCAGAAACUCCAAUGAAUACAAAAGCUGAGACACCAUUUGAAACGAAUGCUGAAACCCCUAUUAAUACAUUAAGUGAGACACCUUAUAAAACAAAUGCAUUCACACCUUUCUACACAGAAUUUGAAACUCCAAUGAUUACAUUGUAUCAGACACCAUUCCAAACUUUAGUUGAAACACCACAUGAAACAAUGAGCAUUACAGUCAAAGAAACGCCUUCAACUACUGUAUAUGAAACCCCAGUAGAGACUAAUGAAGAAACACCUUAUGCAACAAAUAAGGAAACUCCACAAUAUACAUUUGCUCAAACAAUUAAAGAAACUAAUGAAUUCACUCCAUUUGAUACCCCGUAUUUUACAAACAAAAUCACUCCAUGUGUUACACCAUAUCACUCAUUAGGUGAAACUCCAAGCUUGACACCAUCUCAUGUUCCUCCUUCAUCUGAUACAUCGAAUUCUCAAACAUCAUCAUCUGAAGAUACAAAAACUCAGAAUAUAACGCAAUCCGAAAACGCAGAUGAUGGAACCACAACGAAAAAGAAGUCAUUCACGCCUAUACUUAUAAUAAUUAUUGCUGUAAGUGCAAUUGUUUUGAUUACUUUCGUAGUUGUUGUUUUGAUAUUAUUCAAUAAGAAGAAAGAAAACGAAAAUGAAAAUGAAAAUGCAUCUAAAUCAAGUAAUGAUGGUAGUACAACUGUUGAAGAAACUGUUAUUACUUGUUCCUCGCCUACACCUUGUGUAACAAUUGAUAAUCCUCUAUUUUCAACCUCAAUGGCUGAUGAAACAGAUCCAUUUAAUAAUGAUUACGCCGAAUUUGAAGGAGGUGAUUUUGAUAUAUUCAGGUUGUGA